AGCAGCAGCAACGCAGCAACAACAACAAACGAUGACCACGCACAAAUGCGUACAUUUGUCUGGCGCCGCCUUCUGAACCACGUGCUGAAAACACAAAUAGUUCGUAGUAACAGGAGCACUUGUCCUUCCGUCAGAAUCUGUGCGAUCCCUAAAAAAAACGAACAGAGAAACUUCAGUGCAACGCCGGCAACCUUUCAACAUUACAAAGGCAAAGAAGCCUAUUUUGCACGCCGCCUUCCAUCUGUAACGUCCAAGCGUUUUUCUGAUUUUGCUGUGCAUCGUUCACCGUACGAGAUGCUUCCGCCCGAAAUUAUUGAGCCGUGGGAUUACAGUAUAAGUUCCAGUGAGCUACGGUCGCGUGCAAAGAAUGUCGUCGAUGAAUUACGAGCUGAGUACGAUAAAGUAGGCAGUCUGAAGAGAGAGGAGGCCACAUUCGAGAAUGUCUUAAACGUACUGGCAGAUCUGGACCGCCGCGCAGAGAACGAGGGAUCCUACAUGAUGUUGGCCCAGUAUGUUGCCACAGAUAAAGAGCUACGGGAAGCAGGUGCGGAGGCGGAACAAGUGAUGCGAAAGUUUGAAGUUGAAACAAGCAUGCGGCAAGAUAUAUUUGAGAAACUGAAAGCACUGGAACAGAAAGACGCAACCGUGCUGCCUGCAGAAAUGCAGAGGUACUUAAAGAGAUUGAUUAGGCUUGGUGAAAGGAAUGGUCUUCACUUACCAAAGGACGUUCAAGAGCAGGUUAAGAAACUCGCAAAUGAAAUCAAUGAUCUGGGCAUUCAGUACAUGAGGGUAGUCAAUGAAGAAAACUCAACCCUAGAGCUCACGGAGGAAGAACUUGAUGGCGUUCCUGAAGACCUUGUGAAAAGUCUUGAAUUGGUUGAAUCUGGGAAGAGGAAAGUUACGAUGAAGCCACCCCACUACUUGCCCAUAAUGAGCAAGGCGAAAAACCCUGAAACGCGCCGCCGCAUGAGCUUUGCCUAUGGAACAUGCUGUCUGGAGAACACUCCAACUAUUGAGAAGGUGGCCACUCUAAAACACGAGAAAGCAGUCCUGCUUGGGUAUCCUGACAACGUCAGUUUUGUCACAGAACUAUUGAUGGCCAAAUCGAGGGACAGUGUGCACAGCUUUCUGGCCGACCUGGCAGAAAAACUGCAACCUUCGUGGCACAAAGAAAAGCAAGUUUUGCUUAAAUUCAAGGAGGAAGAGUGCCAGGAAAUUGGGAUACCAUUUGAUGGAAAGUUGAAUGCUUGGGAUAUGAGAUACUAUGACAACAUGCUCAAGGAGCGCAGGUACGGCGUUGACCAAGAAAAACUGCGGGAGUACUUUCCCCUUGAUACUGUUCUGGCUCGGAUGCUCGAAAUAUACGAGCAACUUCUUGGAUUGGUGUUCAAACAAAUACCAGAUGUAAAGCUUUGGCAUCCUGAGGCUAGUUUGUACAAAGUUAACGAUGCGGCCACUGGUGAACUCAUGGGUUACUUCGCUUUGGAUAUGUUCCCAAGAGAAGGAAAAUACAGCCAUUUCUGCAAUGAUAGCAUGCAGCCUGGAUGCCUAAGACCGGAUGGUACACGGCAGCAUCCUGUUGUCAUGCUAAUCUGCAAUUUCACUAAGCCUACAGCGGACAAGCCCUCCUUGCUUACUCACGAUGAGGUGCAAACAGUCUUCCACGAGUUUGGCCACACAAUGCACCACAUUUGCAGCAGAGCCACUUUGACCAUGUUUGAGGGCAUGAAAACCGAAAGGGAUUUCCUUGAAUGUCCUUCACAAAUGCUCGAAAACUGGGUCUGGGAAGCAGAACCACUCACUAGGAUGUCCGGCCACUACAUCACGGGAAAGCCAUUGCCCAACGAGCUCCUGGAGCCGCUGGUUGCAUCACGGCUGGCAGGUGUGGCUUCCUUCUCCCUGCGACAGAUCAGCCUUGCCCUUUUGGACUACACCAUCUUCACACAGCCGCGUGUAGACACCCAGAAGGUGUUCAAGGAGAUCCAAGAGAAGCUGCUGCAGUACCCACCACAUGAGGGGACAAACAUGGCAUCACAUUUUCCUCACCUGGUCAAUGGCUAUGACGGACGUUACUAUAGCUACAUGUGGAGCGAGGUAUUCAGCAUGGACCUGUUCAGUGCCCGUUUCAAGAGGGAAGGCGUAUUUAACAAAGAAACAGGCAUGGAGUAUCGUAAGAAGAUUCUUGAACCAGGAGGAUCUAAGGAUGCCACAGAUAUACUCAGGGACUUCCUUGGGCGAGAUCCGAACAACGAAGCAUUCUUAAUUAGUAAAGGACUAUCUGUCAGCUAAACGCAGCUUUUGCCAAAAGUGUUGUUUUAUGACGACGCAUAAUUUUCUAAAUAAAGCAAUUUUAUAGCUGUCUA